AUGGCUUGGUGUGGGCGCGUGUCUGGCAGCUGCCGCUUACAGGUGGUGUGCUUGCUUGGGAACCAACCUCUACGGACCGUUCCCACGGAAGGCCUGGCCCCCACCAUGGUCCCUGCUGCCGCCCCUUUACCUCCCUGGCGCAGGGGCCCGUGGCUAUAUAAGCCGUCCUCGAACCCACCAGCUACCACAAUCACGCUGAUCGUUCAGAAAGGUCGACGAGGAGAGCCGCGUUUUAACCGAUCACGGACUGACUCGCUCGACCGUUUUACUUGCUCUCUAUCAAUUCUGUUUGUCUGUCUAUCUAUCUGUCUAUUCAUUUAUUUGCCUAUCUGUCUAUCUAUUUUUCUCUUCGACAGAGAUUAAAUAGUUCGACGAAACAGUGUGUUGUUAUUGUUAAUUGCUGCACGCAAUAAUAAAAAAGAAAAAAGAAGAAAAAAAAUUGAGUGUACACGAUACAUAUAUAUAUAUAUAUAUAUAUAUAUACACAUAUAUAUAUAUAUGUGUAUAUUUAUAUACACACAUAUAUACUAUAUAUACUAUAUAAAGUGCUGCAAAUUGGUGUUGUGAGUACGUCGAAAGAAGCGAUAAGGGAUUAACCAUGCAGAUGCACGAGCAGAUCAUCAUGGUCGAUGGCCAAGAGCAGCCUAUCUCGAGGACAUAUCAGUAUAGAAAGGUGAUGAAACCUAUGCUAGAACGAAAACGUAGAGCACGGAUCAAUCGUUGCUUGGACGAGCUGAAGGAUCUUAUGGUGACGGCUUUAGCCGGGGACGGGGAAAACGUAGCAAAAUUGGAGAAAGCAGAUAUCCUCGAAUUGACCGUUCGCCAUCUUCACAAACUUCAACGUCAACAACGUUUAUCAGCGAAUCCGGUGAUAGAUGCUGAUCGUUUCAGAGCCGGUUAUACGCAUUGCGCGAACGAAGUUAGCCGUUGUCUAGCGGCAACGCCUGGCGUCGAUGUAGCCCUAGGUACCAAAUUGAUGACCCAUCUUGGACACAAAUUAAAUUCAAUGGACAAGACCGGACCAUUGACCAUCCAUGUGGCUGCACCACAAUCUUCGCCUUCCUCAUCGAGCGAACUUAGCUCCGACGAAUAUUCAAUGCCUCUUACACCGGCUUCGAGUCAACCAUCUCCGGUAAGAACGGACGUCGAUACCAUCCCCCAACAGAGCCAUCAUCAUCAUCUCGCGGAGGGUCUCUUACGAGUCGCUAAAUCCGACGAAACCAUCUGGAGACCCUGGUAAAAGCGAAGGAAAACUUUUUUUGCGCGUUGGCCUUGAAAUUUCUCUUAGAAAAACAAAAAACAAAAAGAAAAAAAAACAGAAAAAAGAAAGAAAAAAAGGAAAAAGAGAAUACAGGAGGGGAGAGAAGAAGAAGAAGAAGAAGAAAGAAAAAGAGAAAAAAAAAAGCCACGCCUAAGUAACUCUCAACGUCAGAACGAGAUAAACGUUUGAGAACGACAAUGAUGCUCUUUCGCGCGGUGCGACGGUUCUGGUGCAAUUUCAUCUGUGAUUUAAUACGGAUGAUCUCGGAAUAAUCGAUAUAUGAGGAUGUACAUACAUAAUUGAAGGCUCUCAAGAGUUCUAUAUUAUUUCUCUCGUGGGAAAAGAGUAUCGAUCGUUUUGCGUUUCAAUAUGACUCGUUUACGAUAGAGGAAGACGAGGUACAAAAAAAAAAGAAAAAGAAGAAGAAGAGGAAAAAGAGAAGGGGAAAGAAGAACAAAUUGAAGUAUUUCUAAGAACGAACGAUAAUACGAAAAACAAAAUCGUUCUGACCGAUAACGAUGAAAGAAGAUCUUCAAAUGUAUCGGUGAAAUAAGAUAAAACGAAACGAAAGACUUCUGAAUUAGUGAUGUCCUCUUCCGAAUAUUCUAUUCUCGCGUAAUACGAACAAAUCUACCUGAAGAAGACCCGAGCUAAACUCCUUCGCGUUAAUCGAUUUGUACAAGAUCGAAGAAAGUAUUAAGAUCUCUCUAUAUAUAUAUAUAUAUAUGUACAUAUAUAUAUAUAUAUAUAUAUAUAUAUAAAUAAUUAACCGUAAUGCAUUAAUAAGCAGCCACGGUUGAAGCUUUAAUUAACAUAAUCCCGAUGGUUAAAUUUUUCUAUUGUUUGUUUCAUACUUUUAUCGAAAUAUACAUAUCUUGUUUAUUAAGUCGAUUUCCUCGCGAGAAAAAUCUUCGAACGAAAAUUUUUGUGCUCGGAUAAAAGUGCAUUCUGUUUCCAAUGCGCUAAUACUUCUCUUUUCUCUUCUUUUUUAUUUUUAAGAUUAUUUUUCUUUUCUUUCUUUUUUUUUUUUUUUGUUUUGUUUUCUUCUCUAGAAAAUAGAUAUAACGAGAUGCGUUGAUAUUUCGAAAUUCUUUUCUGAAACUUUUUGAUUAAUGUUAAAAAGAAAAUAUAUAUAUAUAUACAUAUAUAUAUAUAUAUAUGUAAUCGAUGGAACAGAGUGCACAAAUCACCUCGCGAUGAAAACGUCUGUUGUAUAUGCGUUUCCUCCUCCGUCAAAGCGUAGGGCAUCGGGUUUCGAAGAUCGUCUUUUACAUUAUUGUUAAUAUAAUAAAUAUUUUAGUUAAUAUAAUAAAUCGUUUGCGAGAUAUGCGUGUUAAGUUAGAAAUUUAAAAAAAGUGGAAGAAAAAAAAAAAGGAAAAAGAAAAAAAGAAGAUAAUAAAAAAGACGUCGACUUAACUCGAUUGAGAGGAGGAUAUUGUGAUAGAGAAACGUGUACCUGUGAUAUUUACUGUAGUAGAGAUAGUAAAAUGAUACUAAAGUUUUAAUAAAUAUGUUUCAACGUC